AUGACUUCAUCAUCAUCGUCGACUGCGGCGCAAGCGAAUUUAUCGCAAGAGCAACUCCUUCAUUUCUGGGGUGCGCAUAAUACAAUCGGAAAAAUGCGACAAGAACCACAACUUCAACUUCAGAGAAGAAGUUCUGAAUUGAGGGAAAAACCAUCGGGAGCUGGAACUAAGCCAAAGGUAAGUCAUUUCACUUUUUACUUAUUUUAUUUUUCAGUUCGAAUAUUAUAUUUUUUUUAGGUUGCAACUCCUCAAGUUGUCGCGAAAAUCGAGCAAUACAAAAGAGAUAAUCCAACUAUUUUUGCCUGGGAAAUUCGAGAAAAAUUGAUAAAUGAGGGUAAGUUUAUGCGCAUUUAGAGCCGAUGUGGCAAGAUGCAGAGGCUUGAAAGCUAGUAGGACAAGUAGCCGAGCCUAGAGAGUGACUGUCUAGGACCUGCGCCUAGGAUCCUUGUCUAGAAUCCCAAGGAACAGCGCCUUGAAAGAAUCUUCUACGACAAGUAGGAAAAGCUAGUUGUCAGGAAGGCGCAUCUAGAAAGCCACGACCGAGGUGUGCAGUAAUCUGUUAUAUUUGUUCUAAAGUGUGAAUAGAUCAAUGUAUACAUAAAAUAUGUACAGUUAUUUGGCGCAUCUAUGAGCGGCUCAAUUUCAUUACAAAUAUAACAAAUAUAUAUAUAUAUAUGACAAUGGUCUCGAAUUACAAAAGGAUUUCCCUCCAAAAUGACCCUUUUCAGAAGUUUGUAUAACUCCUCCAUCUGUUUCUUCAAUCAAUCGAAUUUUGCGGACAAGAGCUGCGGAAAGAGCUGCGGAAGAAUUGCACAUGAUAUUAUCAGCACAGCAUUUGAACAAUCGCCAACAAAUUCGACAACCUCAACAAAAUCAAAAUCGAUUACUCCCACCAAUUCCACAAUUUCCAUUCCCAUUUCCUGCAAUGUGGCCAGCUGGGCUUCUUUUGAAUCCAGCAUUUUUGUUGGCUGCUCAACAACAACAACAAAAUGCUCAACUUUCUCUUGCUCCAACUUCUCCAACUGAAACUGUUCCUUGUUUAUCUGAAGAUGACUCAAGUAUGAAUGGAUGUAGAAGAUUAUCUAGAAGCACUUUUAGUAAUGGUGAGUUCUUUGGAAAUAUUCUUAUCCCUUAUCAGAAAAAAUCGAAAAUUUCAGAACAACUAGAAAUUCUGGAAGAAGCAUUCAAUCGUGAACCGUAUCCUUGUAGUUCGGAAAGAAAUGAACUUGUCAAACAAACAACUCUUCCAGAAGCCAGAAUUCAAGUUUGGUUUUCGAAUAGACGAGCAAAAUGGAGAAGAACGAAUGCGAGUGAUAAAGAUGACACUAAAAUCGAAAGAUCGGAAACGGAUGACACGGGAAGUAGUGCAAGUCAAUCACCUCCUCUUCCACAACAAAAGAAAAUCACUAUUUUUAAACCUUAUGAAUGA